UUGAUGUAACACUAGCGUAUGAGUACAUGUAUAUAUCAGUGGUCGUUUUGCAAGGGUUUUAAACCGAACAUGUAUUUGUGAUCUGUGCUGUCAUGCGUCAUGUUUACUCCGUAAACGCGGCGCUCUAGGUAUGCGUUAUUAAAAAUCACUUUGAACGUUUGCGAUUUGUUAUUAAUCUUGAAAAAUGAAUGUUGUACCCGGAACAGCGUCGCUCCUCGAGGAACUUGACAAAAAACUCAUGGUCUUGCUGAGGGAUGGUCGAACACUCAUUGGAUAUCUCAGAAGCGUCGAUCAAUUCGCUAACUUGGUUCUUCACCGAACUAUCGAGAGGAUUCAUGUUGGCAGAGAAUAUGGAGAUAUUCCCAGAGGCGUUUUUAUCGUCAGAGGCGAGAACGUCGUUCUUUUGGGUGAAAUAGACAAAGAAAAGGAGAAGGAUCUCGCCUUAUCUGAGGUAUCGGUAGAUGACAUAUUGGAUGCUCAACGACGAGAACAAGAGUUGAAACAGGACCAAGAAAGGCUGAUGAGCAAAGCAUUGAAGGAACGAGGACUCUCCUAUAUUCCAGACCUAGGGCAUGACGACAUGUUCUGACACAGAGUCAUUCUUAAUGAAAAGUGUAUUUUCAUUCUUUAAUUCAUCGUUCAAAUUAGACCAUGUGAGCAGAAUUAAGUGGUAAAUGCGGAGUGGAGUUGUGAAAAUGAAAAACUAGCAAAUCAAGGCUAUUAGUGUUUUACUUCAGGCAAGUGCUACAUUAUAAAAUAUAAAAUUAUUGAUACAGAUUUGACAGGAUGUAGCGUCUUGUACGUUUUUGGUCACAUUAAUCAAUUUGUCACCGAUUCGUCGUUGAUACCGAUGUCAUUCUCUUUUGAGCCAUAUAUGCCCUAUUUGGGUACUACUUUAUAGAUAGGUCAGUAUAUCAAAGAACGUGCCACUUCGAACUCUGUCACAUAAAUUUUAUUAUAUAACGCAAGCAAAGCCCUGUGUUGUAUGCAUAUCACGUAGCAACAAAUUUGCUAAUCACACAAUAAAACACCAAAUAACGUGUGUUCAACGACGUUUCUCUACCAAAUAUUCAAGAGUUACGUAAAAAUGUUAAAAACUGCUUAAUGACAUAAAUUAAUACAAUAUACAAUGGUGAAAGAGAUAACAGUUCAAUAAGAA